AUGAUGAAGGAAAUCCUCAAUGCCUGGUUAUUGCAGUUCGACUGGGAAAUGAUCAAGCAGAAGAGUAAGGUUCUGCUCUUUUCGGACAGCUGCUCCAGCCACAUGAAGCCACCCCAGCUUGAAGCAGUUCAGGUGGCCUACUUUCCACCAAACGCGACCUCAGUGCUUCAGCCGAUCGACCAAGGAGUCGUGCACUCUGGGAAAGCAGCCUACCGUACUCGCCUUGUCGAACACCUGCUCUUCGACAUGCAAAAUGAUUGGGAGUCGAAGAUAGACGUCAUAUUUCCUGUCGAGGUAUUGGCGAGCUUUUGGCAGCAAGUCAAAGGUGAAGUAAUUAAAAAUUGCUUCAGGAAGGCUGGGUUUCAGCAAAAUGAUAGCAUUGCUGAAGAAGAGUCAUCCGUCCCAGAUGAUGAAACAUCACCAGAAGACAAACCAUCAGACCCGUCAGUGUGGCCUCAAGUCAUGGAGGCAUUUGGAGCAGACAGCUUCUCUGACUUUGUCACAUUUGACAACGGCGUCAUCGAUAACGAGCAGCUGAGUGACAAGAAGGCCAUUGACAAAGGACACAUUUUUAUCAUGCUGCAAGAUUCAUCUGGCAUCGACCUAGAAGCUAUCGGUGCCCUCAACCCUUCUGAUGUACCACAGUCCGACCUAUUCAAUUCGUCGAUCGCAGACGGACUGUCGCCAUCUGAACGCUCUGAUCUUCUCCAGCUGCUGUACCAGUUCCGCAAAUAUUUCGACGUUGCUCAACCUGCCCUGGGACGAACGUCUACCAUUCUUCACGACACAGGCUCCAACGCGCCA